AUGGAUUCCCCCAAGUCUAUCCGAAAGUCUCCUAGACCUCCAAUAAAGCAAGAUACAAGUCCUGUCCGCCAGCCUUAUUCAAUGACGUUGAGGGGUCCACGCCGGUCAGGUAUGAUUCAAGGCUUCAAAGAACGAUAUGCACCUUCUCUUUCUCCAACUGUGGCUAACAGUACGCUUCAAGUCGGAAGGAGUAACGGCAUCGUUGAUACCUUACAUUCAAUCAUUCAACCUACCAGUUUGACUCACAUUAGCGAAGAGUUCCACGAACAGGGUAUGCCAGGAAAGGGAGUUAACGACUCCGAUGAAUAUGAAGAUGAUCUUUCUAUUUUAACACCACUGUCAAAAUCUUCUAAGGUCAUGGAUGAAACUAUAACGUCAAAGGAUGCGAUAUCAGGACAGCAAGAUUACACGGGCGUCGUCGAGAAUCUACAGCUGAACCCAUUUCAAUUCAUGGCAGAUCAAAUCUCCGUGGCAAAUGUCAAAGCACAAGUAGAGGAUCUCAACAACACCAUCGACAAUAUGAUCAUGAGCAUCCUGGAUUGUAUCAAACCAAAGCCUAUGAAAAGAGUUACAGGACAAAAUUAUAGAGCAUCAAUUACAGAAACGAAGUUCUCUGUGAUUUCUAAAGGCCAAAACAACGCAUUAGUUGCCCUGUACGAUGCCAUGGUCGAAUAUUCCCGUAAUGAAAGUUCAAAGGGCCGAAUUUUGGACUGGAUCAUGCACGAGAAGAUCUGUUCCUUACUCUAUACAGCCUACUUUGAAGGGAAGAACUUUUGGGGGACCAAUAAGGAACACAACAAACACAAUGAGGAAUUAUAUUUCUAUAUCAAAAAGAAUGAACCAACCUUGGCUCGGAAGUGGCAAUCUAUGACAGCAGACGCGGAGUUUGGCAUCACCAAAGGAGAUGCUAAAAAUGUUCCCCAAGAAAUCUCGUCUGCCUUUAAAGGCAUCAUUGUUUCUGCAUACUGCCAAGGGACCACAACUCAUGGAAUCCAAUACCACGACGCAGUCAAAGUCGUUGAUAUCCACACUCAACUCAUUCAGGAGAUCACUGAUAGAGCUCGCAAUUUGUCAUUACGAAUUCAAAGGGACAUGCUCUUUUCGCAGGUCAAACUUUUAUACUUUAGUCCCAGAACCAAGCGAGAUACCUGUCGCAAAUACCAAAUUUCAAUGAGAAACGCAGCAUAUCCCGACGUCAAAUCCAAGGGCAGCGAUUCUGUGUUGGGUACCAUUCGAUUUGGACUUAACCUGGAUAUAGAUGAAAAUGGGAAGCGCAAAAAAUUACUUAUACCACUUGUUAUCACGGAAUCUGAUGUGAAAUGGUGCCUAGCGGAUGAGGAUGAAGAAGUCUAG